AUGGCGUCUGUACAGACACCAUGGACCUCAAUCCUGCUGCAGGAGAAACCUGGAUUGCACGAGUACAACCAUGCUCUGUCGAAUGUCGAAAAGUACUACACUCGCUUGCAUCGAGCCAUGCAAGAUGGAUCCAUCCACGACCAGCUAGUUCUCAACCCUAACCAGACACACUCACGCCUGCUGAGAUCCUUCGAAAUAUUGCGAGGCAAACAGCUCCCAGGCCCUGUUGCUGAAGAGAUCUUCAAAGCUAUGGUCCUCCCAUUCAUUCAUGGCAAUAUCUUCUCACCAUCACAAAUGAUCCAACUCGUUGGAUCAGCGCUCCCUCUCAUAAUAAAACAACACUCUCCAUUUUUGCGAGACCUCGUCAACACCCUCCUCUCAUCACAGGGAUUGUUUGAUCACCUGGUGACCGAUGAGAGAUACACAGUGAUUUUGAAGGAAUGGCUGCUGUCCAAAAAAAACCACCUUCCUCUUGCUCUCAUCAGGCAGAUUGGAGACAGGCUAACUGCCAUGUGCAAUGACUGCUCCGCUAACCAUGGAACGGAAUCGAUCGUCGAUAGUUGGGGCAUUGCACAAAAGCUGGUGGAAUCUGUCAGCUCGCUCAUUAACACGUCGUACAAAGAAGAGCUGAAGCGAACAAAAGUGGAGAAUCUGCCUCCUCUGGAAUCAAUGAAGCUAUUCACUCGGGACGACAAAAAAUCGACUCCAGCUCAAAAAGGCACUAAAAGACAAUUCAAGAUCUCGGAUGAGAUCCUCAUGCAGAUGAACCACUUCAACAUCCCACCACCGUUGUCCGCUCGAGCUCUCACCCAUGCCGCGGAGCAUCUUCAAAACGAGAUAAUUCCGUCACUCAUGCGCUCUGCCCUGGAAAGCUUCCCAUGCAGAAUCUGUUUGGAUAGGCUCACUACCGGGAGCCUUACAGGAACUCUGGGCAGCUCAACAGACCUGCCUUUGGAUCGAACUACAGCACCGGGAAAAGCCCAAGACAUUUUCGGAAAAAGAGUCGGUCUUUGGAAGGUUUUGCUAUCUGACGUCGCUUUCAAGAAUGCAAAAAAACUGGUCCACGGAGGUGACUUUGACGGCGUAGAACAAAAGCUCAGAGAUUUAGCAAGCGGCGAAUGGAAAGGCAAAGAUCUCUCUCGUCGCGUAGGAUCUACACAGCAGAAGAAAAGAAUGCAAGUUCCAAUUCUAGAAGUGAGCGCUUCUGCGAUUGUGUCAAUCUUGUGGCAGGUCGAUAUCGGCUUCUACGAUGAGCUUCCAUGGGUACAGCAGCAGAUUGUCAAAGUUUGGCAAAUCGUGACCUCGGAAGAGGAGCUGCAAACUGCCAUCGAGCAAAUACUUUUGGUCCAGGAAUCCUAUACCCUGGAGCUUGUUCAGCUCUGUUUGAGACGUCCCGUUCAGCAAUCCGAUGGAACUUGGACGCCACAGCGGUUCGGAAAUGUGAAAGAGACUGGGUCUAAUAAGAUGAAAUCCAUUGCUUCCUCCAAGGUAGCCCCAGCUCUGAUUGAGAUGACAAACAAAUUUUACAAUCUCACGGAGCCCUUUUUGAAGUCGAUGGUUGAUGAAAAGGACACGGAGGAGUUUCCAUUUGAUCUCUCACCUGAAGAAUUAGAGAUUGUGAAGCACUUCAGCACAUCAAGCUUGAUUCUAGGACGAAGCGGUACAGGAAAAACUACCUGUCUGUUGUUUAAGAUGCUUGCCAAGCACAAAGCAAGACAAUCAGACUCCGAUGAGCAGCAAGCUCGACAGCUUCUCUUGACGCGGUCCUCCUAUCUGGCUUCAAAGCUUCAAACAUACGCCAAAAGCCUGAUAGACGCUCAGUCCCAGGCUUUAUUGACUGAAGAGGAUGUCGACUCUGAUUUGAAACCGACUUCGUUCUUUGCCUUAAAGGAUUGGCAUUUUCCAGUUGUCUGCACUUACGAUGAAUUUCUUGGGCUUCUGGAGAACACAAUCAGACUGGCUGAUCGAAAAGACUUCCUAAGAGACAUCAAUCCCAACAAGACAAAGGCUCUGGACCCACAGGGAGGAGAGAAGCCACAGGUGAUUGACUUCAGUAUUUUCAAAACAGAAUAUUGGGGCUCUCUAAGUGGAUUAGCUCCACAAUCCUGCUCUCCAGAGCUCCUAUUUGCAGAGAUUAUGGGCGUCAUUAAAGGUUCUAGCAUCACUGCAAAAAGCCUGAAGCCGUUAUACCGUGCAGAAUACGUCAAGAAGAACUCGAAAGCUUCUCCCGCCUUUACCUCUGAGACAGAGCGCGAGAAGGUCUUUGGAGCAUUCGAACGCUAUGAAAAGCAAAAGAAACUUCGCAAGGAGAUUGACGAGCUGGAUCGUGUCAGUGCCCUUCUGAGGUCCCUGAGAGAUAACAAAGUUCUAGCUGAGCAGAUCCAGCGCUGCUUUGAGGAGAUCUAUGUCGAUGAAAUUCAAGACUUGCGUUGUCUCGACAUUGUACUGCUUUUAGGCUGCCUCAGUGACGCCCGUGGGAUUCACCUUGCUGGUGAUACUGCUCAGUGCAUAUCAAAAGAUUCGGUUUUCCGAUUCCCCGAGAUUAAGGCUUUGUUCUACGAACAUUACGAAGUCAUUGCCAAUCAACUAAAUCAGCCGUCAUUUGCCAAGCCUGUCCAAUUCUCUCUGGCUAAGAAUUAUCGCUCGCACCAGGGCAUUCUAAGCUUUGCAUCAUGGGUGAUGCAGUUACUCUGGCAUGGAUUCCCGGAAACAAUUGACAAAUUGGAUCCAGAGAUUGGCCAGAUUGGGGGACCGAAGCCAAUUAUCUUUGCGGGUUUUAACUCCUCGAUUCUUUCUGCCAAGAUGAUAGGCCUAGUCAAGCUUAACGACAAGGUCGCCGAUUUUGGCGCCGAGCAAGUCAUCCUUGUCCGAGAUGAUGCAUCAAAGGACAAACUGCAAACCCAAAUUGGCGAGAUUGCCCUUGUUUUGACAAUCAUAGAAAGCAAGGGUAUGGAGUUUGAUGAUGUCUUGGUGUAUGACUUCUUCGGCAGCAGUGGGCUUGGCAGUAGCUACCGGUGCCUUUACAUGCUUGUUCACCCAGCACGAGCGCAGUUUGAUUCUCAAAAACAUGCAGCCUUAUGCUCCGAACUCAAGUCACUGUAUGUUGCUGUUACUCGAGCGAGAAAGCAACUUUGGUUUAUGGAAACCCAAGAGAACAGCGUUGAUCCCAUUAUUCAAACCCUCUCACAUAGUAACAGUCUCGAGCUUGCUGAAGUUGUGAAGCAGAAAGACCCUGACGUUGCAGCAAAGGUCAUGGUUCUGCGGGCCGGCGGCUCGGUAGACCCAGAGAGGUGGCUCAAGAGAGCAGCACAUCUUCUCCAUCGAAAGAGCUUUGCAGAGGCAUUAUUCUGCUACAAGAAGGCCAAUGAUCCUCGAGGAAUGACACAAUCACAGGCGUGUUUGCAUGAGCAAGAAGGAAGAUCUCACCGAGCAGCUGGAAACACUGAAGAAUUCACAGCGUGCUAUGAAAAGGCAAUCGUUCUUUUCCUUGAGAUCGGUUUUAUUACCGAAGCGGCGUCAUGUUAUGAGGGACUUGCGCAGUUCGACAAAGUUGCAGAAAUCUGGAAAGAUCGCGAGCAAUAUGAAAAGGCAGCAUCUUUCUAUGAGAAAGGCAAGCUUUUCACCGAAGCCUCGGGGUGUUAUCAUUCUUGUGGUCAAUACGAGGCCGCAAUCGAGGUCUUGCGUCGCGGAGACCAGUUCGAUGAACUUGUUACCUAUGCCAACAGGUCUUUACUUCUUAUUAUUUUCUACAUUGGUUACGAGAUAUUGACUCUAUAUAGGAACCGCGAGUACCUCAGCGAGUCCAUCUUGCUUCGUUACUCAAGACUCUGCAAUAUCUUGCUGAAGCAGGGACGUGUCUCUGUCAGUCUGCGGGCGAUAACCAUCAACAUGCUUGGAUCAGAUGUGUCCAAGAUUGCUUUUUUCAAAGAGUUCGAAAUGUGGGACCAGCUGCGUGCGCUCUAUUCGUCAAAAUCCAGAUGGUUCGAGUACUACGAUCUAUCAGUGGCUGUUGGUGACAUACCUGCGGCGAUAAACACAAUGCUCGUCCACAAAUUGAUAUCAGUGGUCGACAAGCCAGUUGUUGAGAAGCUGUUCAAUUACUCUAUGGUUGAAGUCUUGUAUGCGCAUAGGGACAUAAUUCCGAGCAACCGUGAGCGAGACGGGCUACUGAAAUCAGUCAAAUCAACUUACCUCGAAAAACUUGGGGCCCAGUGGAAAACGAUCUUGCUGUUGAUCGAAGAAUUUGAGAAUAUGGAUUCACCCGCUUCAGUCAAAAACCUGGACAAAGGUCUUCUGAAAGAUAUCUUCUGUCUUUUUGUGAUCGCUUUUGAGCCGUUAGUGUUCACCAAGCAGAAAGCCGAACAACUUCCAAUGGAUAUUGUCAUCCGAGUUGGAAAGCUGCUGCAAGACUUCUAUGCUCGGAACCGUUACUCCCUUACUUGCCUGGCAAUGAUUUGCGGCAUUUUUACCAACCCAAAACAAGAGAAUCAGACGAUCUUGCUCCACUGGUCUCCGCUGAGGACUAACACAGCAACAGCUCUUGAUGAAUCUUCCUUCGAGAACUUGCUUGACUUAGCGAAAGACUUCAUUCAAGAGAAGUUUGCCGCAGCAAUUACUGAAUUCCAUGAAAACGCAUACAGUCUCAUGAAGAAGGAAUUUCCGGCGACAUGUUUCCAACAGCUUUACAAGGGAUUUUGUUCGAAGCUUAAAGUCAAUGAAUGCUUCUGGGGCCAUGAGAAGCCUACUGCCGAAUUCGCUAUUGCGAAGUUGAAUUGCCUUCUCAUCAUUGCUGAGGUUUUUGCGCGGCUCACGCCUAUUUACUAUCAAAGAAUCAUGGGUGAGGCUUUCAGCAAACCAUUUCUGGGUCGUAGGAGAAAUUGGAUGCAACACAUCCAGCAGGAGCUGGUGAUAGUCACUUCACUGGAGCAGUCCUCCACGGCAAUCGCAAAUUUACGUGCCAACUUGCAAAGCAAUCCAGAGUUUGCUGCAACCGCAUACUGCCUCGAAGAGUUGCUCUUCUAUCGCAUGGACAAAGAAUGGGGCUCGAUGAGCAGUCUGAGCUCUUCUCUAGAGAAGGUGCAAGAAGCUCAAGUUCUCGGUCCUCAACCAGCCACACGUUUUCAGCGAGCACUUGUUCUAAACAUGGAUCGUAGUAUGCCACCACGCCCUAGAAGGUCGGGCCACCCGCUCGCGCUGCCUUUCACGACUUUGAAUGCUGCUGAGAGGAUCCGGUCAGCGGUGGGAAGACGCCACGGUCAAGACUUUCACAACGGUGUCAAUACAUUUCUCCAAUGUCUUGAGAAAACACCCAAAUCCUCCCUUGGAUCGCUCCAUGCUGUUCUGUCUGUGCUCGAGUUUGCAGCUACGUACAUUCUUUGUAUCGCCAAUCCAGGAAGGGGCAUCGUAGUUCCAUGGUCCUGGGCCUUGCAGCAUCUUUCGACGAUUAUGCAAUCUCCCGCUAAAGACUAUACGUUCAAGGACAGAGAGAUCCGAGUGCACACAACCGACUUGAUGAACAUUGUCGUCAACUUCUGCAACCUCAUGGAACAGGUUGAAAAUGCCCUUAGCAACGGCACUCUCAGAUUCGAAGGAAUGGGACGCAAUAGCUUUCCAAUUUCUAUUAUCAAACGGCGCUGCACUGAGCUUCUGACGACCGUGAAUCUCAACCUGAACUAUUGGCCCAAGCAGCCGAUUGGCUUUAAGGAGAUGGAGAAGGUGGCCAACAAGACCCUUCGAUCCCUUAUUCCACCGGGAAUGGCACUGGAAUUUUCCAACAGUGAUAGGUUCCGACAAAGUUGCAUCCGCGAGUAUGCAGCCUACAACCACAAAGACGAGCUGUGUGUCAUUGCGCUUGAUGACAGAAAGUCUGCUCCUCUAUUCCUGCGGUCCUUCAUACAAGGCAACGCGAAAUUCGCCCAGCUAAGUGAUAUCUUGCGGGUGUCACGCAUUGCCGAGAACCCAUUAUCGAUGGGUUUGGGAGAGGAUUGGCAAGUUGAGGAAUACACCGGCUACGAGCUUGACAUGAUCACGAAUCUUCAGCGACGCUGGCGACAGGUGAUGAAAAUCCUCGAGAACAACCGCCGCAGGGCACAAAACCGCGAGGGCAAACUUAUCCAGCACUUCCAUGAAAUGUGCACGAUACGGAUGAGCCUUCUUCCCGCAGCCGCUUGGUCAACUCGGGAUAAAAUACAUAUGCGCAAGGUGAUCUUUACCGAUUGUAUGAAUAUCACCAUGUGUCUUAAUGGUGUUUUGGCUAGCUUCCGACAGCUGAAGGACCGGUGGAGGCAGCAAUUCGACAGCAAUUGGUCCACCGCGAAGCUAGAGGAGCUCUCUGUCAUUCGCGGUCGAAUUUUCCCGAUCGACGGGCAGCUCGAGUACAUCGUUGAGCACUGGUCUCCCAAGGGCAUUGAGGAGGGUAUGAUGACCGUUCAGGCUGAGAAACUGGGUAUCUCGGCCCGUGAGGCCCAGCGCGCUCUCUGGGCUGUUCAGCGCGAGAUUGAAAUCAUUCAAUAUCAGGUUGACAUUAUUGCGAAGAGUGCUGACCGGUAA